AUGACAGAGAAGGCCAUGUUCUACCAUGUACGGCGGUAUACAAUUACCGGCUUCAAAAACAUAUCUGUGCUGGAAAAGCUAUGGAAAAACUACAUAGUUCCUCUCGGGUAUUACACUGACUCCGUGAAACACGCAUUAAUAGCCCUUGGGUGUUCACAUCGGACCUUUCUCGGUUACUAUGUCGACGAUUACCUACUUACAGACCCGCAAGCGCUCAAAACCUUUGCAAGUCAGCAAUAUACCAAAGCAAUUCACUACACGGCCCGGGACAUGCAGGAACUAUCUCCUAUUACUGUUCGGACCUCCCUUGUCUGCUGUUUGGUGUUUGUAUGCUUCGAGAUAGUCCAGGGACACUAUGAUAAAGCUAUGCAACACCUGCGAUCUGGCUCCAACAUUCUCAUGUCACUAUCCCAAGCGGCAGCGAAUGUCGAAACCACACCAACCUCAUCGUACCAAAAAUGCAUGGUUGAAACCGUGCAAAAGUAUUACGACCAGCUAUGUGAUAUUGCCGAUAUGUUCAACUGCAUCGGUUGCGACACCGCAUUCCUACUUGAGGAUGGAGGAGUUAUUCCGGAUUUGUCAUUUUUCCAUCGGUCGCCCGGCGAUGAGGACACUUCUAAGCCGUACUCUAGCGCUACUGAGGCGCGUUACGACCUCUAUCGAGUAGAUCAGGCCUUUGGUGCGGCUGUUGGUUACAGCUUUCGCGGUAACAUGCCAACAUCGUGGAACACGUUCCUGAACAUGCCGACAGACAGUGACGCUAUCAACGAUGACGCAUGGUCAGCAGCCUGGACAUCAGGUCGUUACUUCUUCGAUUUAUGGAAUGCCCGCUUCAACGCAUAUCACCUGCAACUAAAAUCAAGCUCGUCUGUAUCCAAAAGUGAGCUGUGGGAGGCGCGGUUGCUGGCAUUUAUACAAAAGGACUGGACGGUCAUGAUCAAAUGCUGUGAAGCACCAAGCCCACAGCCUCCGCAUAGAGGCCUAAUAGAGGAGCUUCUUGAAGAGGCGGAGGCUCUUGUAAAUUCAGAAGAGGGGAGGUUGGAGAACCCAGUGUUUACCUUGGUUGCGGAUAUGAUCCCACGCAUGGUAUUCAUCACCGCCGUCACCACGGAGCUGGAUUUGCAACAGAGAGCGAUUACGCUCCUUCAUUCCAUGAGACGGAAGGAGGGUAUGUGGGACAGCCGGGAAAUUGCUAGUGUUAUGCAGUCAAUUUUGACAGCGAGGCAGUGUGGUAUCUGGGACGCAGAGUACGAAAAAGUCUCCCUUCCUCGCCUGGCGAGGAUCCUGCUAUCCCUGAAACUAUAUGAUGACCAUUGCAGGCUGCCUUUGGCCACAUUAGUAGACCAAAAUGUUUAA